UCUACUCCAUUGGCCACUGUGGAAGUGCUGCAGACUCCAUGAUAAUACCGGUUUACUGGGGUAAUGAGGCCAGAGGCGUGUGCUUUAUACGCGCAGAGAACGGUGUAAGAGCCUUCAGAGAUUGGUGAUGAAGGCAAAUGGUCUCAAAUGUCUUAGUCUUUACUGUGCUAGUCCAGCGUGAGCUUGUCCUAGUCUAACAUGUCCUAGUCUAACAAGUCCAGUCUGAGAUGUCCCCAAAAUGUCCCGAAAAGGGCUUUUGUGUAUCACAUGCCAAAUCCCCCGAGGCGAGGCACGCCAAAGCAAGCAGGCAAAAAACAGCAAACGGAGGAAUUUCGCAAAUAAACAAAUCAAAAAGGACAACAGCAACAACAACAACAUCAACAAGAACAGCGGCGCUUGCGGAUAAACAACACCAACAGCAAGUGGACAAAGACACGAGAAUGUCAAGAAGGGUAACGAGAUCCAUGAACAACACUGCCUCCUCCACCAACGACGCUGACAGGGCCCAUUCUGUGGACUCUACAGUUCUAGAAGACGCUGAUUCCGGUGAUGAGAUAACCAUUCUACCACCAAUCAGAAGAAGCUCGUCGAUCUUCUCGUUGGACACUACGCCAUUGGACCCACCUGACGAUGAGGACUUUAAGAAGUUCACCUCUGACGAGUACCACUUCUCCUUGAUUAGAAACAUGCACUUGGCUGAUCUGAUCACCCUGAUGAAUGGGUUCUCUGGGUUUUACUCAAUUGUGUCUUGCCUGAGAUUCACAUCCACGGGCCAGUCCCAUUACGUCCAAAGGGCCCACCUCUUCAUCUUCUUGGGGCUGUUCUUUGACUUCUUCGACGGUAGAGUGGCUAGACUAAGAAAUAAGUCCUCCUUGAUGGGCCAGGAGUUGGAUUCAUUGGCAGACCUGAUCUCGUUUGGAGUGGCUCCUGCAUCCGUGGCGUUCGCCAUCGGAUUCCAGUCCACAAUUGACGUCUUGGUCUUGUCCUUCUUCGUUCUCUGCGGCUUGACAAGAUUGGCCAGAUUCAACGUCACGGUGACCCAGAUUCCAAAGGACCUCACAGGUAAAUCCAAAUACUUUGAAGGCUUGCCAAUCCCAACUUCUUUGGUCCAAGUUGGCUUGAUGGCAUACUUGGUACACAAGGAGUACGUUAACGACCAACUGCCAUUUGGUACAUGGCUGACGGGCUCUGUGCUGGAAUUCCAUCCCUUGGUGCUGGUAUUUGCAAUCCAUGGUUGUAUGUUUGUCUCAAAGUCCUUGAAGAUUCCAAAACCAUGAACCACUCUCUUGCAUAACGUCACUACCACCUAUAUACGACAUA